AUGCGUCCCCUCACAGAUGAAGAGACCAAGACGGUCUUCUCCAAACUCGCCCACUACAUUGGCAAUAAUGUCGUCCAUCUCGUAGAUCGUCCCGAAGAAGACUCUCACGUCUUUCGUCUACACAGAGAUCGAGUCUAUUACGUCUCUUCUACUGCAAUGAAACUAGCCAUUAGCAUCUCUCGACCUAACCUCUCUUCUCUUGGAACUUGCUUUGGGAAAUUCUCAAAGACGGGGAAAUUUAGAUUACACGUUACUGCAUUGGACUACUUGGCACAGUAUGCAAAGUAUAAAGUGUGGAUUAAACCAAAUGGAGAAUUGCCUUUUCUUUAUGGGAAUCAUGUAGUCAAGGCGCACUUGGGACGGAUUACGGAUGAUACGCCGGAACAUGCUGGAGUGGUGGUGUUGAGUAUGAGUGGUGUGGCUUUGGGCUUCGGCGUCACUGCUCGCUCCACAGUCGACACUCGCAAGCUAGACCCAACAUCCAUCAUCGUCUUCCACCAAGCUGAUGUAGGCGAGUACCUAAGGGACGAAGAUACCCUCUUCUAAUCGUCUGCUCCAUUCCACCCCACCCCACCUCGCUCUCGGUCUCGGUCAAGAGCUUCAGGAGGAUCGGCACGCACCAAAAGCCGAAAGGUUUUGCAAUCCCUUGCUUGCUUCCUUCUGCCCUUGCCCGCCUCUACACCUUUCCACACUUCAUUGUAAUAGUAUCUGUUCAUCAUUUGUCAAGGUUCAUCUCGUCCAUACACACACCCACAGAGAAAGUUGCCAGGUAAAGCAAACCAGGCAGAUAGAUAGUCAGGCAGAUUCUCACGUAUCGCUGAGAUUGUUGAU